AUGCCCCGCAAGAUAGAAGGCUUCUUGGUUUUACUUCUCUUCGGCUAUGAAGCCACACUGGGAUUAUCAUCUACUGAGGAUGAGAGUGAGGACCCCUGGUACCAGAAAGCAUGCAAAUGUGACUGCCAAGGCAGUCCCAAUGGCCUCUGGUCGGCUGGUGCCACCUCCGUAGAUUGCAUACCAGAAUGCCCGUAUCAUAAGCCCCUGGGUUUCGAGUCAGGAGAGGUUACACCAGACCAGAUCACCUGCUCCAACCUGGAUCAGUAUGUGGGCUGGUAUUCCUCAUGGACAGCUAACAAGGCCCGGCUCAACAGUCAAGGCUUUGGGUGCGCCUGGCUCUCCAAGUACCAGGACAGCAGCCAGUGGUUACAGAUCGAUCUGAAGGAGGUCAAGGUGAUUUCAGGAAUCCUCACCCAGGGGCGCUGUGACAUCGACGAGUGGAUGACCAAGUACAGCGUGCAGUACAGGACGGAUGAGAACCUAAACUGGAUUUACUAUAAGGACCAGACAGGAAACAAUCGGGUCUUCUAUGGAAACUCAGACCGAACCUCCACAGUCCAGAACCUUCUGCGGCCCCCCAUCAUUUCCCGCUUCAUUCGGCUGAUCCCGCUGGGCUGGCAUGUCCGCAUUGCCAUCCGGAUGGAGCUGUUGGAAUGUGUCAGCAAGUGUGCCUGAGGCCUCCUUCAGCUCCACACCUGCCCUGGGGGGG